CAGCCGAAGAAUCUAAAGGGACCUCCACUCGUGCCGCCACCAUGCCCAACUUCUCUGGCAACUGGAAGAUCAUCCGAUCGGAAAACUUCGAGGAUUUGCUCAAAGUGCUGGGAGUGAACGUGAUGCUGAGGAAGAUUGCUGUGGCUGCGGCAUCCAAGCCAGCUGUGGAGAUCAAACAGGACGGAGACACUUUCUACAUCAAAACCUCUACCACCGUGCGUACCACGGAGAUCAACUUCAAGAUCGGAGAAGAGUUUGAGGAGCAGACUGUGGACGGGAGACCCUGUAAGAGCCUGGUAAAAUGGGAGAGUGAGAACAAAAUGGUCUGCGAGCAGAGGCUUUUGAAGGGAGAGGGUCCCAAGACCUCCUGGACCAGAGAAUUGACCAAUGAUGGAGAGCUGAUCCUGACCAUGACGGCAGAUGACAUCGUGUGCACCAGGGUCUAUGUCCGAGAGUGAGUGGCCAUGGGUCCAAGAGCCACGCCUGAGCUCACCACCAGCCUGAGCUCCUGCCUCACUGUCCCGUGGGCUGCCCCUCCCCGACCCUUCCUUCUAGACUAGCUCCCCCUCACUUCGGUCACUUCU